AUGAAGAUGAGACCCCCCGUGAAGCCUAUGGCCACCACAAUGAGCUUGGUCCAGAAGGGCCACUCCAGCACACCUGAGGACACACAGAAGCACACCGGCUGUCGGUCAACCUGCAGAAGGCGGGAGGGGUCACGAUGGUGGUGUGUGCAGAGCCGUGCUUACCCUGCGGCGUAUAAAACUAACCUGCAGACCUCCAUCUCAGAAUCAUCUGAGCAGGGCUGUGCUGUGCCCCCGUUCAUACUGCAGUGUUUCUGUGCCGUGGGCACCGACAUGUCCCCACCUCCUGAGCCCUUCUCCUGGUAUUUCUUGCUGCGGGCCUCACGCCAUGCCUCGUCUUCAGUGGACGACUCAGACUGCGGGGCACCUGAGUGGCGGAGUCGGGGAGGGAGCUCCCUGCGGUUCCUGAAGGAGCGCUCCCUCUUCUCCCCAAGCUCACUGCGUCCAAUCCAGAUCGUGAAGAGCAACCGAAACGGAAUGGGAUCAGGUCACCGUGGCAACAAGGGGACAGCUCUAAAGAUGAUGGAGGUACCAUUCAAUGGCUUUGAGCUUACCUUCAUCAUCAUAGCCUUCGUCAUCUUCUCCUUUUAUAGUCUUGCUUCAGUCUGCAUCCCGCCAUGGAACACUGAGCCAGAGACGGAGACAUUCACUCUCUUGCUGGACACAUAG